GGUGUUAAAAGUAGUCCCUUCAAAACAUUGGAGAGAGUUGAGUUAGUACGAAUGGGUGUAACUGUGUAAAUACAUUCUGCUUGAAGCAUGAUGUUGUUAGCAGCAGAAAGAAUUACAAGUAACAGAAUUCUAUGUUUUCGUUCUUGGAUAAAUUUUGUAGCCUUGCGUCAAUUCAGUGAAACCAAGAAUACACGUGGAUUGUGAAUAAAUUGCAGCUACAUAUAAUUAAUCGGUGUAAAAUUCAAAAAGAAGAAGGAUACAACUUUGCUGUACACGUGUUCCGUCCAUGAAUUGGGGUAAAAUGGUCCGAGUGCGUUGGCGAUUGACUGAGUUUCCUCGGAGAUUUGUGUCCCGUUGCAGAGCCUUGGUCUCCUGGCUGGUACUUCUGCGACAGACUCUAUUUUAUAAUGAGUUCACUUCGUACAUAGUGGGUCUGGAAACCGCAGCGGAACCAAUGUUCUGGGUGGUGGACAAAUUCUCCAAAUACUUUGGACCGAUUUUCGUUGUACUUGUGGUGUGCCUGACCACGUCUGUGGUGGUCAUCUUUUACGUCUGCCUCCUGCCACAUGUGUUCCAACAGAGCCUCAGUAAGACCGUCUUCCACCUGAUCUUUGGACACUGGCUCCUGGUGAACAUCGUGUUUAACUACGUGAUGGCUACAUUCACAGAUCCAGGUCAUCCUCCACAGGAGAUUCGGGAGACAGUGUCUAUUUGUAAGAAGUGUAUCUCUCCCAAGCCGCCGCGAGCUCACCACUGCAGUGUGUGUGACAAGUGUGUGCUAAGGAUGGAUCAUCAUUGUCCGUGGAUAAAUAAUUGCGUUGGUUUCUUCAACCAUCGCUAUUUUUUCCAGUUCUGUAUCUUCAUGUUGUCGGGGACAAUUUAUGUGUGUGUCACGGGGCUGGACUUGUUCAAGCAGCAUUUCUAUGGCGACAAGUAUUACCCGUUUCCUGCUGUUUUUUACCCACUCAAUAUGGCCUAUGACAUCAUCUAUGGAGACCAUAAUAAGCCAUUUCUGGGUGGUGUGGCGGCCUAUAGCAUUAACUCCUCCAUACAACAAGAUCACGGGGGGCACAAGCACAUUCCUGGAGCGGAUCUAGAGGUGGACAUGCGGGGACAGCACUACCAUGCAGCGGUGGUUUAUGAGUUUGUGUUGUGUUCGGCGGUGGUGAUUGCACUGCUAUUAUUAGUCUUGUGGCACGUGAGAAUGAUCAGUUGUGGAGAAACAAACAUCGAGGUUUACAUCAACAGGAAGGAAGUGGACAGGCUGAAGAAAUUAGGGCUGGUUUAUACAAAUCCUUACCAUUAUGGAUUUGUUAGAAACUGGCAGUUGUUUUUUGGCCUUGGAAAUGGAAAGACGUUUCUGAGGAAUGUGCUAUUCCCGUCUACACACACACCCUCUGGUGAUGGACUGACGUACCCUCGUAUCACAAGCAGAGGUAACCCGGAGAAAAAAGACCUUGGUCUGAUGCUGUUAUGACAAAAACCAUCAGACUAGUUGUUCUCUGUAAAUGUGUAUGUUAUGCAAACUGUUCUGAAAGUGAAGGAUUCAACAGGUUGACUGAAGGACUGGAUUCUAGCCAAAAGUUUUUAAAACCAAAUUUUAUUAUACCCCCUGCAACAAGUUGUG